CGUCAUCACGCUGCGCUUCCGGGUUCGGACUUGUUGCGGGAAAAGAAAAACUUGUUUACAUGUUUGAACUGUUUAUCGUCUCUUGCAAGUAUUGUGGUUAGGGUUUGAAGAAGAAUUAAGGAUUGAACUAACUCAGGUAUCUCUCCCCACGCCCCCCGACCUCUGGAGAUCCCCUUCCUCGGCGUCCAUGGAGUCGGAGGGGACUGAAUCCCCAUCGAGGGGCCCGGUGCCUGUAGCUGAAGUCUUCAACUCCAUCCGGGAGCGCACAAUCGCAGAGAACAGCAUGGUGGUCCUGCUCCAGGGUCUGCAGGGAGAGGUGACCACGGUGGACCUGAGGAACGAGAGCACGGCACGGGGCCGCGUGGUCAACGUGGACGCCUUCAUGAACGUACGUCUGGAGGACGUGCUGUACCGGGACAGACGGGGCAAGCUCACCAAGCUGCAGGACCUGUUCAUCACGGGCAGGAACGUCCGCUACGUCCACAUCCCGGACCACGUGGACAUAAUGAAGACCAUGCAGAGCCAGCUGGCCAAGAUCCACCGCGUCCGCAACUUUGCCAGUCGAGGCGGAGGCAGAAAAGAGUACGCAAAGAAAACAAAAUAAAUGAUUUUAUUUUCCGUGGAAGGAUAAAAUGAGAAAAACUCAGCAGAGUACUACUUGUGCAAGACUUCUACAAUAAUACUUUGGGACAACAAGAUAUUUUUCUUUUUUUCUUAGAUUUGAGCACAAAGCACGGGUCUCGGUCAGCACUUUAUGACCAGAGGGGUCACGCUCUGAUAGGAGGGAUAAGAAUGACACAAAUAUGUCCGCAAUACAAAAAAAUAUUUUCUUUUUUGCAUUUUUCUUUGAUGGUGUGAAAAUACAAGAUACCUUCACCUCCUCAGGCCUCUAAUAAUCCUUCAAAUGAAAUUAUCUUAAAAAGGGGGAGAGGGGGGGUCUAAAACGUGUGUGUUCACACCAAGCCCCCGACCUAUGAUGACUUCGGGUCAUGAGACGAAAAGGUUGGCUAUAGCCUGACCAAUUUUCUUUUUCUAGGACUGCAACUAACAAUUUGUUUUAUUACAAAUAAUUAUUACAAUUUCUUGACUAAAUUAUGAAACUUAUGUGAGAAACUUCCCAGAGCCCAAAUGAGAUCAUGUUAUCUCACCACACAAA